AGUAACACAGACCAACCUGUCACAAUGAUGAAGCUGGUGGUGUUAUCCUGUGUGCUGGCGGCGGCUUCUGCCCAGUGGCUGUCCCCGAUAGCGUACGCCGCGCCCUUCUACCGGCCCUCCAUCUACAGAGGACCUCUCUCGCUCGCUCCAGGUCAGCCCGCCAACAUCCUGGGCUCCGACGGCCGCCCUCUCGACACGCUCGACGUCAACCUGGACCGCGCGGCGCACUUGACCACCAAGGCUCUGGACGGCGGCGUGCACCUACUGAAGAAACGGUCCACACUCAUCACCCCCUACGCUUCACUCGUCGCCCCCCUGGCCUACUCCACGCCCCUGCUCCAGCCUUACAACUACCGGGGACCCCUGUCCUUGGCGCCCGGCCAGCCCGCCGACAUCCUGGCUGCUGACGGCAGGCCCCUCGAUACUCUCGACGUCAACCUGGACCGCGCGGCUCACUACACGGCCAAGGCUCUCGACGGCGCUCACCUCUUGAAGAAGCGCUCUGUCGCCCUCGUCAGCCCGCUGUCCACCGUCAGCCACGUCAGCAUCGCUCGUGGUCCACUGGUCCACCCAACCCUCGCCUAUUCCGCACCCGUAGCCCGGCUCUCUCACAUCACAUACGCAACUCCAUUCUUAUACUGAGAAUUAAAAACUACAGCGAUACCUUCUUUACAAACUUGACAUAAUAUGUUUACAAUAAAUGAAUUCAAAAUACAAA